ACUCGUAUAAGCUAGGCCAAACACUCCUGACAUUCCAAACAGAAAACAAAAACACUGAUCACUCUCUGUCCACUUCCCACCAAUCCCCAUGAUGAAACCAUCAACAACCAUACACCACCGUCAUCCACCAGCCACCACUCACCUUUCCGAUUCCGACUCAUCAGACUCCUCUGACUCACCCAAACCCCACCACCACACCGAUUUCUCAAACACAAUCUUCCAAUCAUACAUCCAAUUCUCAAAUCUUGAAUCACCAGACCUCACCAAGAUCCAAUCUUUCUUAACCUCAUCAAGUUCCGGUGCACUUUCUUGCCUUAUUUGUCUCGAACGCAUUCGACCCACUGACCCCACUUGGUCCUGCACUUCCCGGUGCUUUGCUGUCUUUCAUCUCGUGUGUAUUCAAUCAUGGGCACGCCAAAGCUCCGACCUUUCUUCUCUACGCGCCGCCACACGCGGUGCUGAUGAUUCUACAUCGACAUGGAAUUGCCCGAAAUGUCGUAGUGAGUUCCCUAAAACCUUGAUUCCUAAAACUUAUACUUGUUUUUGUGGUAAAGUUGAAAACCCAUGUCAUGAUCCAUGGGUUUUGCCACAUUCUUGUGGUGAAAUAUGUAACAGGCCUUUGAAAUAUGAUUGUGGGCACAAGUGUUUGUUGUUAUGUCACCCGGGUCCUUGCCCAUCUUGCCCGAAAUUAGUUAAAGCUAGGUGCUUUUGUGGGGGUGUUGAGGAUGUUAAAAGAUGUGGGUUUAAGGAAUUCUCUUGUAAAAAAACUUGUUCAAAGUUGUUAGAUUGUAAGGUACAUUGUUGUGUUGAGAUAUGUCAUGAGGGCGAGUGUCCACCUUGUAGGGCUAAAGGGGUUUACGAGUGUCAGUGUGGGAAGGUGAAAGAGGAAAAAGAGUGUUUUGAGAGGGAUUUUAGGUGUGAGAUUGAAUGUGAGAAGUUGCUUGGCUGUGGGAAACAUGUGUGUCGUAAAGGGUGUCAUGAGGGUGAAUGUGGUGAUUGCCCGUUGCAGGGGAAGAGAACGUGCCCAUGUGGGAAACAAGUUUAUGAAGGAAUGGCUUGUGAUGUUGUUGUACCGUCAUGUGGUGGGACAUGUGAUAAGAAGUUGCAAUGUGGGUUUCAUCGGUGUCCAGAGAGGUGUCACCGUGGUAAUUGUGUUGAAACUUGUAGAAUCGUUAUCACCAAAUCUUGCAAAUGCGGGAGUUUGAGAAAACAGGUUCCCUGUUAUCAAGAUGUAGUUUGUGAAAGGAAAUGCCAACAAGUGCGGGAUUGUGGACGCCAUGCUUGCAAACGGCGUUGCUGUGAUGGUGAUUGCCCUCCCUGUUCAGAGAUAUGUGACAAGAGGCUAAGAUGCAGAAAUCACAAAUGCCCAUCUCCUUGCCACAGAGGUGCUUGUGCUCCAUGUCCAGUAAUGGUGACUAUCUCAUGUUUUUGUGGGCAGACACGCUUUGAGGUUCCUUGUGGUACUGAAAAGGAGCAAAAACCUCCCAAAUGCUCUAAACGUUGUGGGAUAACCCCUUUAUGCAGACAUAAAUCAAUUACUAAGCCACAUAAGUGCCACUAUGGAGCUUGCCCACCAUGUCGUCUGGUUUGUGAUGAGGAAUACCCUUGUGGGCAUAAAUGCAAGCUAAGGUGUCAUGGUCCUAUACCUCCUCCUAAUCCCGAGUUCAUUUUGAGACCAAAGAAAAAGAAACAAUAUUUUCAAAGUGAAAGUACUCCUGGCUCUACAUGCCCACCGUGCCCAGAACUUGUUUGGAGGUCAUGUGUUGGUGAACAUAUUGGAGCUGAGAGGAUGAUGGUCUGCUCAAAUAAGGCAAAGUUUUCUUGUGAUAAUUAUUGUGGAAACCUUUUGCCAUGUGGCAAUCAUUUUUGCACUAACACCUGCCAUUCCCUCAUGGUUCAAUGUGAAGAGUGCAAUUUACCAUGCCAACGGGAGAGGGAACCUACAUGUCCGCAUUCAUGUCCACGGAAGUGCCACCCCGAAGAAUGCCCUCCUUGCAAGGUGCUUAUAAAACGUGCAUGCCAUUGUGGUGCUAUGGUUCACGUUUUCGAGUGUUUAUAUUACAACAGCAUAUCCGAAAAGGAGCAGAUUUCUGCUCGUUCAUGUAGUGGACCCUGCCACAGGAAACUGCCCAACUGCACACAUUUGUGCCCAGAAAUAUGUCAUGUUGGUCAUUGCCCGUCACCAGAAAAAUGCUCCAAAAAGGUUAUUGUAAGAUGUGGGUGCCAAACCUUGAAAAAAGAGUGGUUGUGUCAACAAGUACAAGCCGCUUAUCACAGUAGUGGCCGUGACCCAAAAGAUAUAAUUAAAAGUCAAUUUGGUCUCGGACUACUCCCCUGUAACUCAGACUGCAAGAGUAAAAUCAAAGUUGAUGAUUCAGACUUGCACCUUCGGAAACCCCAUGCUCCCGAGAAAAAGGAGCCAGAUGUGGAAAAUCAUGUACGCAAGCGUAAAAGAAGGAAAGACAAAGUACAGCAAGACAACCAAGUUUCAACACUCCAGAAAAUUAUGGGGUUUGUGCGAAAGAUAUUCCUGUUUUUCAUCAUUGUUGUGAGUUUGAUUGCAACGGCGUAUUUUGGAUACAAGGGGCUCUUGUGGGUCAACGAUUGGAUGAACGAAGUUGAAAUACAAAGACAGAGAAAAAGAUAUCCAAGAAUUUAAGCCUCUGGAAUUUUCGUUUAAUCCUAGGUGAGUGGAGUUUAUUAGCUAGCUGCCAAAUUUUACAAAAGCAAGUUAACAACCCCUGAAAAAGUUACUAUGUUAAUUUAUAGAGAUUUUGUCUGUGCUGAAAAUAAUCAAUCAUGAAAGCUGCUCUAUACAAGAUGUCUGAAAAAAUAGUCCCAUUUUUUUAUAUUUAUCUUAGAACGUGUGAGAAGACGAUUUUGUAUAUCCUGACUAGGAUGUUGAAACUGAUCAAAAUAAUCGUGUCUUGUGAUGAUAGCUUAGUUGAUGGUUGAAGUGAGCUCGUAUGAAUUGAUUUGUAUUACGAACUUUUAUUCAAGUUUGAUAUAUUGAAAAGGUGUAGAUGCAUAGCUCAUUAGUUCUACCUAAAGA